AGACCUACAACGUCCCGAUGGGUCCCACGGGGAGCGAAGCAAGGCCGGAGCGUUUCUUCGGUGUCUACCUGCUCUACUGCCUAAACCCUCGGCAUCGGGGCCGCGUCUACGUGGGGUUCACGGUCAACCCCGCUCGUCGGGUCCUGCAGCAUAACGGCGGUCGCAAAAAAGGCGGGGCCUGGAGGACCAGCGGGAGAGGGCCCUGGGAGAUGGUGCUUAUCGUGCACGGCUUCCCAUCUGCGGUGGCCGCCCUUCGGUUCGAGUGGGCCUGGCAACACCCGCAAGCCUCGCGUCGCCUGUCACACGUGGGGCCGCGCUUGCGAGGCGAGGCAACCUUCGCCUUCCACCUGCGAGUGCUUGCGCACAUGCUGCGCGCGCCACCCUGGGCGCGUCUCCCGCUCACACUGCGCUGGUUGCGCCAGGACUUCCGCCAGGAUCUCUGCCCUCCCCCGCCACCACAUGUGCCGCUGGCCUUCGGCCCGCCGCCUCCCCGGACCCAGCUUCCGAAGCGCUGCGCUGGGCCUGUUGUAGACAGGGAGCGUGAAAAGGACCCGGUCGCACAAUCCUGUUGCACUCUCUGCGCCCGCACCCUUGAGGAUGAAGACAGUCCCCUGUGUUGCCCUCACCCUGGCUGUCCCCUAAAGACCCAUGUGAUCUGCCUGGCAGAGGAAUUCCUUCAGGAAGAGCCAGGGCAGCUUCUGCCCCUAGAGGGCCAAUGUCCUAGCUGUGAGAACUCACUGCUUUGGGGAGACCUGAUCCGGCUGUGCCGGAUGGGCACUGAGGAGGAAGAGGAUGGCUCAGAAUUAGAAGAGGAACACUGGACAGACAUGCUGGACACCUGAUCCUCAGCCUCCCCAACCCUGAUCCUAUGAUUUUUCUGUCCCCCAGUGGCCACCAACCAUACUGGACAAUUUUUAUUUGAAUUCAAUAAAAUAUUUUGAGUUAAGGGUAA